UUUAUGAAAUAGUUAUUGAACACUAAUACUCUUGAAUUCAUUUUUUAUUUAAUGUUCACCCCACAUGGUUUAACAGUGGCAACAUUUUGAGUGAGGGGUGUCAGGGUGUUAUUAUUUAACUACCUAAGUAUGUAUAUUUAUAUUAUAAGUGCACUACUUACAACUUACAACUUUGAAAUUUUUGAAUUCAACAAAAUAUAUACGUUUAUUUGAUAUUAUAAUCUAACUAUAACCCUUGAGCCAUCAUGUAUGUGCUAAAUGCAAGUAUAUAAAAUAAGUAAACUAUUAUGAUAAAGAAAAAUUUGCUUUUUUUAAUAAUGGCUAAAAACUAAAAAUACUCAAAUUAGGCCCCUGUUGUUCGAUAAAAGUCUUUUAUGAAUUUGAGUUUAUGACAUUGUAUACCUUGUAAAAAACUAAUUCAGGAAAUGUUUCAAACUUGUGAUUUUAGAGUGUUUCACCACAUUGGUUGAAACCUACUUUUAUAAAUUUUUUACCAAUUUUUCUGAUUUCCUGACUUUCAAUUUUUAUGUAUUUUAAAAAUUGUUGUUACAGGUGUAUUGAACGAAAGACACUACAUUAGUAGAAUACACGUUUUAGAACUAAAGAUAAAAACUUUAUAUGAACAAAACGAGUCACUUAAAGAUCAUUAUAGACAACAAUAUGUGAGAGUAAUGAGUAGGUGUUUGUACGAUAAUAAGAAGGCUGAUGCGAAAAUCAAAGCAUUACAAAAAACUACCGAACCAUUUAAAAAUGAGAUAGCUAAUAGAGAUGCAAUGAUUUCAAUGCAAGACAAGCAACUUCGACUACAAAGUACAAUUAUCAAUAACAAUGAUAAAAAUGAACUUGGAACACAAUCCAGUAUUUUUGGCAAAAAAGUUAAUGAUUUACAAAAUAUAAUACAUGCAAAUAAAAAAGAAUCUAUUGUAUCAAGACAAAAGAUAGAACAAUUAGAGGCAACUAUUAUAAAAUUAAGACACAGAAAUGAAAAUUUAGAAAGAAGUAUAGAUAAUGUCGUAAUUAUAAAUAAAUCAAUUGUAGAAUGCAAAUAUGAACAACCAAAGUCAAUUUCUAUCAAAGAAUCAUUGCAGAAACAAAUCUAUAGAUUACAAGAUCAGAUCAAUGACGAAAAAUCAAAGAACUCUAAUCUUUUCACUCAAAUAAAAAAUCUUAAAAAUCUAAAAGAAAUUGAUCAUAGAACUAAUUUAAAGAAUCUAAACGAUGCACUAAGUGAAAUCCGGAGACUGAAAAAUUUAAAUAAAGACUUAACGUUAAAAAACAAUGGUUUGGAGAAAUAUAAGGACGAAAAUAACUUAUUAAAAUCUAAAACGAAAGAUGAUGAAAACAGACUGACAUACAUGCAAAAUACAUUGACAAACUUGAAGAAUAAAACAUCUUGCCGUACUUUAGGCACACGAGUGCUAGAUAUGGUAUACCCUGAAAUAAAGAAGAACAAAGUAACAAAUGAUCAGUUAGUUAAAACUAUAAUAGAAUGUCGUACCAAAUUGAAUGAAUCGAACCUGGCAAAGAAACAAAAGUUUAAAGUUAGUAAGAUUUGAUCAAAGUCCAGUAAAAACACCCGUAUCAUUUACGACGAUUCGAUGUUUGGUAGUACAAAAAAAUGACUGCAUGUAGUUGCACUGGCAGUAAAAUAGUUUUUAAAUAUUUUUAAAUAUUUUUAAAAAUUUUAGGAAAUAGUGAUAUUUUAUC